UCUCUCUCUAUUAAUAGGCAGCAGCAAUUGAAUCCAAAGCAAUCCAGUUGUUCACACACACAAACACGCUUUUCUGUUUCUUCUUCUUCUUCUUCCUCCCUGUCUCACCUUUAUAAAUUGCAUCUUGGAGUGCGUUGUUCCUGUGUUUCCCGUGCCUAGCUACCACCUACCAAGCCCAGCUUAACUCAACACACCCAAGGCACAGCAUGUCGAAAGCCACAGCCCUUUUUGUAGUAGCCCUUCUCCUCUUCGUCUCACUGACCCAGGCUGCCAGACCGGAGCCUACUCUUCCUAACGACUCUGUUGUCAAUACCCAACCUGGGGAUGAUGCUGAUGUCCAUGUGGAUGUAACUUGUGACGGAAUUGGAGAGGACGAGUGCUUGAUGAGAAGAACCCUUACUGCUCACACUGACUACAUCUACACUCAGGACAACGGUCGGCCAUGAAAUAAACUUGAUGUUCAUUUGGCUCACCCCAGCUUUAAUGAUAAUUCAAUUCAUCUAUGUGUUCUUCUGUCUUGGUCUUUGAUCGAUCGAUUUGAAUUUCCUGUGUUUAAGUGUUCUUCUGGAUUAUUGUUUCGUUUUAUCUGAAUUAGAUUGUUGUGAGAACGUUAAACAAGCAUAUAUGAUGGUUCAAUGUAACUUUUUCCAUCUAUAACGUGAGAAAAGAUAUAGUGUUUAUUGAUUAGAACAACAGAAGCCAUUGUCUGAA